AUGCUACCCCUCCAAACUUGGAUGUCCUACGCCGACGUUACUGCACAGGGUGCCAGACAGAGCCCGGAAGAGGCCGCUGCCCCUCAAAUGCCCGAAAUCAUCCCCAACGAGUCUGCUUCCACCGCGUCUCUCAUCGACGUCGAUCUGCCUAGCGUGCACACCGUCCACUCAGACUUCCUCGAGCAGGACAUCAAGACCGAGACGCAGGCCGAGCGCAUCCGCCGUGAGGAGGAGGCCGCGCGCUCCAAAGAGGGCGCCAAGCGCAAGGCCACUAGCAAGGCCAAGCAGGCCGACUCGUGGAUCACGCGCAAGUUCUCGCAGCUCUCCGACGGCAGCGUCACGGCCAUUGCCAUUGCCAACGUGGCGGGCAUCGUGGGAGUUAGCGGCUUCCUGGGCUACCGCGCGUGGGGCCUGUAUGAGAGGAGCAGGCUGGACUUGAAGCACAUUGGCGUUGGCGUUGGCGUGCUGGCUGCUGUUGGUGCCGUGGAGGCGGUGCUAGGUCGCUACCUGUACAGGGGCAGGAAAGAUUGA